AUGUACAGUAUCUCUCAACUCGUGGCUCUGGGCGUGUCGAUUACUAUCUGUGCAACUGCAGUACUCUAUGCUGAUUACUUUACGACCUUUUUUCCCACUCGUGAAGCUUUUCUAAGUGUCGCAGAGCAGCAUCAAAUGUUAGCGUCAUUAUUGUUCCAUGCGUCGAAAAAUGGGGAUGCUGCAGCUACUUUUGCCAAUCAGAACGACGCACGUGAUCCCCCACGUCUUGCAUUUUGUUGUAGUGCUGACUUGGAUGUUGCUGUCUCAGCUGUGGCUCUUAUGAAGCGUGUACAAGAAGUCGAACGUGAGAAAAUGGAGAAAAAUGACUGUAAUGACUUGGAAAAACGGCAUCAUGAACGGAUCAGCUCGUUCCAAGAAUUGCAAGAGAGUUUUGCGUACUAUUUUGCUUCUGGAGCUGCGGCAGAGCAGAGUAUGUUGUCUUCGGAACAGUUUCGAGAGGUCGUGAGCUUAGCCGAUGAUCUUCCUGGAGUUGAGAGAAAAGUUGGAGGAAAUGCUGCUACCAUGGCAGAACGAGCAUCUGCAGAAGGAUGUAUCGUGUUAUUGGGCGCUGCUAUUGGAAAAGAGAUGAAGCCACAUUUUCGUGAUGCUAGGAUUCAAUUGGUUGGAAAGUUGGAGGAAGAACAACAUGAAGAUGUACAUCUUGUGUUGGAAUACUCGAGCGGAGACGAGUUUCGAGGGCAUAUGUCACCACGUGCAAACCGAUAUUACUUGAACCAUGAUGUGCAUAAUGCACGAUUGUCAGUGCUAGAGGAGUUUGAGCAGUCUUUGGAUGCUUUUAAACCGGAUUUGGUGGUUUUUGGAGGACUGCAGCUGAUGGAAGUGGAGAUGGAUGAAAAAGCACGGUUGGUGCGUCUGAAAGCUUUGUCAGACGUACUUCAGAAUCUCUUUCUGGCUCAGACACCGACUCAUUAUGAGUUUGCAGCGGUUUCGGACUUUAGUCUCUUCGAUGAUACGGUUCGACUUGUGCUGCCCUGGGUGGAGUCUAUCGGGUUGAAUGAACAGGAGCUCUUUAUCCUGCAUCACUACCUCGUUACUGGUGAAGAGGGUACUGCUACAACGUCACGCCCAACGGUUGCAGAAAUCAGUGCUCAGCUUCACGAUGUCAUUCAGUUUGCUUCGAAGGCCAAAGAAAAUUUUCGGACUGGCAGCCAAAACAAAAACAAGAAGGAAGACAAGCAAGGGACGCUGGCGUUGGCGCAGCUCUCACGCAUUCAUUUUCACACAUUACAAUUUCACAUUGUGUGCCAAAAGAAGGGCAGUACAUGGGAAGACCCAACGACGGCGCUAGUGCAAAGUGCACUCAUGAGUUCCAAGGUGGCAUGUGGCAAGCCAGCCCCAGCAAGUGACGGCGACGAGCCUCAGCUUAUGCGUACCAGUGCUGAAAUGGAAGUAGACCCGGAACGCAUUGAGAUCUUGCUGGCCCGGCAGCAGCUCCUGAGCAAACGUCAGGGUCUCAAGGUGGACCUGGAUCCAUUCUCACCCGUGGUUACGUGGCAGGAGGCUGACUUUCAAUGCCACCUUGUGCCAAUGUUGGCCUGCAAAAAGCCCGACCACACUGCUGGACUAGGAGACAACAUUUCUGGCACGGGCGUGUCAUACCACCGUAUCCAGAAGAAGAGCAAGCUCGCUUACUAA